GUGCAAAUAUAUGUAUCUUGUCCGUAUACAACUGAUGCUGUAGUAUUCUUUCUCUAGUUAUAGUUCAAUUAAAAGUUUCAUCCAUUUGUCAUUCACCAUAAUUGUUUUUAUUUUAAUAUAAGCGCUUCAUUGAAGCUGCAGCGUUGUCACCAUUUUUCAACUGCUUAGCUAAUUACGCGCAACAAAAUCCUAGCAGUGCGCCACCAGACGGCAGUAUUUAAGAAGGUUACAGUAUUGGUUACUUUGCCAUUUGUUAUUUAAUAUUUUUCAGAAUACUUGAUUUCUAGAAACUACUUACUACCUCACAAACGCCGACGUGUUGGUCAGUUUGUUUACCCUGUUGUUGUUUUCUGGGGCAAUGUGAACAUUUUCAUGUCAGCAUUAAAAUGUUUGCUAUGUUUAGGCAUUGUACCACCCUUCACAGCACGUAUAUUUCAUAUGAUUCAAUACAGUAUGACGUGAAACACCUAAACGAUAAGCUGGCAGACUGUUAUGUGCAAUUUUUUAAAACAAAAUGGAUAUGUGAAAAAUUAAUUUCGACGUUUCGCCGACAAAGCUUUACAUUAGCACAAAGAUAAAGGACACAGUAAACUAUCAACACAGCUGACAAGUGGUUGGUUCCUCUAAACGUUUAUUUUCCUACUCUCAAAGAUUUGGCUAAAGACGUCCCGAGGGAGUAGUGAAGCUAUUACAGUUAUUAUAAAGAAUUAGAUCGUAUCUUGUAAUGUCAUCUAAAUGGAUAAAAUCUACCAUUUGUCCCGUUGUUCGUUUAUGGCAACCAUUGGAGAGCUACAAACUGCUAUCUCAGUAUUUACUCCACUUUAGAGGGGGCGGUGUUGACCCUUCGCGCACCCCGCCUACUAGUUCUUUCCUCGUUGUCUACGUCACUCGACCGAACUCCAUGCAAAUCGCUCCUCACUGGAACGCCAUUGGCCGCUCGCUCGUUUUAAUCGCUGUCAAAACGCAUCACAUGGCCGCCGCUUUAACUAACUCUUCAACUCCACUAGGAAAAGUAACUCAAAUGCACGUUCAAUUAACGUGGAUGUGAAACGGCAGGCGGAGAGGACACUACAGGAGCAAACAGAACGCCCGAAACUAACUACAGAACGCCCGAAACUAACUGCAGACGGUUUGGAUUAACUGAAUUGCACAUUAUACCGGAGCUCCACUGCCUUGUGAAGCACCUGCUUCAAGCGGACUACGGAACGCUGAAAGUUCAUGCUUUUUCUCUGUUAGCUGUGAAGUUUUAAGCCACUUGAAUGUAUAGCAUGAUGAUGGAAACGGACCUUCAUUCCCCGGGACCCCAAACCAACACAAAUCCGGGACAAACGGGUCCAAAUUCGGGGAGCAAAGCCAACCAAGACCGCGUAAAAAGACCCAUGAACGCUUUUAUGGUGUGGUCCCGGGGCCAGCGCAGAAAAAUGGCUCAGGAGAAUCCUAAAAUGCAUAACUCUGAAAUUAGCAAAAGACUCGGUGCUGAGUGGAAGGUGAUGUCAGAGGCUGAAAAGCGGCCCUUUAUCGAUGAGGCAAAGCGGUUGCGAGCCAUGCACAUGAAGGAGCAUCCGGAUUACAAAUACAGACCGAGGCGCAAAACCAAGACCCUGCUUAAAAAGGACAAGUACUCGUUGGCCGGCGGCUUGCUCGGCAGUGCGGGUCCUGGGGCAGGCGUGGGUCUUGGGAUGAGUCCUGUAGGGGUCGGCCAGAGGUUGGAGAGUCCUGGGGGUCACGGAGGCUCGACCAGCGCCGGUUACGCACACAUGAACGGCUGGGCGAAUGGCACUUACUCUGGCCAGGUGGCCGCCGCCGCAGCAGCGGCUGCGAUGAUGCAGGAGGCGCAGCUCGCUUAUAGCCAGCACCCAGGUAGUGGGUCACAUCAUCACCACGCGCAUCACCAUCACCCGCAUAACCCGCAGCCCAUGCACCGCUACGACAUGACUGCCCUUCAGUACAGCCCCAUCUCCAACUCCCAGAGCUACAUGAGCGCCUCUCCGUCUGGCUACGGUGGGAUAUCGUACACGCAGCAUCAAAACUCCAGCGUCGCUUCUUCUGCCGCUAUCGGUGCGCUGAGCUCACUCGUGAAGUCCGAACCGAAUAUAAGCCCUCCGGUUACCACACAUUCCCGAGGACCCUGCCCCGGAGACUUGAGAGAAAUGAUAAGCAUGUAUUUACCGACCGGGGAGUCCGGUGAUCCGUCUGUUCAGAGCAGACUGCAUGCCUUACCGCAGCACUAUCAGAGCACAACUGCCGGAGUAAACGGAACUGUCCCAUUGACGCAUAUUUGAAACAGCUAAAGGGAAGCGAUGGGUAAAGCGCAUUCAGAAACACUCCACCAAAAAUAUUUACCUCUUUUUUAGAUUGUCAUUUAACUACUUUUGUACAGAAUGUUUUAUGAUGUACUUGUAAAUUAAAAAGGUAAAUAUUGUUUCGAUUGCAGUUCGGAGGAAAGGAAAAACUUAUAAAAUAUGUCACUUUUAGUGAAACAUUGUUUAAAUAUGAAAUCUGAAAUCUGACAUUGUUUCUGGCCACGCCAAGAAAUAUGCGACAUACUGUUAUUCUUUAAAUAUUUAAUUUUCUGUGCAAAUUGACUUUUGAGUUGAUAAUAAUCAAAAGUCUAGCGUGAAUAACUCAAUGAAUGCUUUUGAAAGCCCAUAAAGAGUUUCCUGCUUAUUACAUUUACCAAAACGUUUGUAUACGUGAAUUAAUGUACCAGGUUUAUGUUUGUAAUAUUUCUUGUAAAUUGUGAAUAAGUUUUAAUAUUUCAAAAGACUGGCACGUCACUGCUGCUGUACAUAAUUUAUGACAUGCAUUCCUGCCAGUUCAAAUCUUAACCUUGCGUUGAUUCAUGGUCUAAAUAAAAUUGAAGAAGUUACUCUGUUCCAAAUUGGUGUUAGUUUUGUUACCCAAUUGUUCAUUUUUAAUGACUUUGUCCUUAAUGUGUUUGACUAUAUCUAGUGGGCCUUAUCUCUCUUGUUUAAAAACAAACAAUAAUCUGCAAAGAUUUUAGUAUAGCCUAUAUUUUAUAUUGCAUUUAUUCUUUAUAAUGUCUGUAACAUUAUAAAGUAUAAUGUUAAUUGGUCGGUUCAACUGAAGCUGAGUUUCAAAACAGGGCAAAGUCCUUUCUGGAUCACACCUGAUUUUAUUCGAACGUUAAUAAUUUCUUACAAUAAAUACGCAUGAAAAAUUGUGGGGAAAUAAUUCUACACUUAGGCCUAUAGGCCUUUUAAAGUUGGUAUAGCUAAUGUCUGCUCAAUAUAUGACAUCUCUUGGGUGUCAUAACACGUUGUCUUGUAGUUUAUAAUUAGUGUAAAUCUAUUUU